AUGGUUUUUGUUAACUUUCAAUUAUUUUUAACCACAGUUGUGACCUGUUCACAUUUAAUUGAAGGAGUGAAAUACACAAUAACAGUGGGUGGUGAAACAAUCCGUCGAAAUGAAGAUAAAAUCACAAGUGUGGAAAACGCGAAAAAAUUGAUAAUUGAAGAUGAGUUUGAAGUUUUUGGGAAAAAUUUGUUAGAAGUCCGAGAGAAAACUUCGAUUUUUAUUAUGGAUACAAACUACAAGUUGAAGAGAAUUCAAAGUGACGCUUUUGUCGAUCAGGAAAUCACUGAAACUAUUGUGAUUGCCAACAGCGAAUUGAAAGUGAUCGAAACUGGGACUUUCAGAAAUUUAGGAAUUUUUGAACUUAUACUUAAACAAAAUGAAAUCAUUUAUUUGCAAAACGAAGCCAUUGUUGACUUACCCAAUUUGGAAAUUAUCAAUUUAUCGAAUAAUCGAAUUGUGGAAAUUUUUGAAAAUUCGAUUAUUUCAGCGCCGGCUAUCUAUCUGGACAUGGCUUUUAAUCGGCUGAAAAAAGUGGGUCCGAAUUGGUUCCGUUUCAUGAACAGUGAAAAACCGGUAACAAUUUUAUUGGAUAAUAACAAAAUCGAAAACGUUGAUUGUUUGAGUUUCAACGAUGUUAUGUUGGAGACACUUAAUUUGAGGAGGAACAGAAUUGAGGAGUUGCCAAGUGGGGUUUUUGAGGGUCAUACUCUGGUUAGAGUAUAUUUGCAAGACAAUAGAUUGGAAAAUUUGCCGGGGAGUUUCUUCCAGUUGAAUCAUUUGACUCUUGGGAUUUUCACGGGAAAUCCACUCGACUGCCCCACUCAGAGGCGGUUAAAGAGGUUGGAUGAGGAGUCACCGACCAAAAUAAUUUUCCAAUAUAAUUGUUAA